AGCCGAGAUUUUUUGUAUGGAACAUGGCGAGGAAAUACGGAGGGGGGGAUGAGAGGGCGCCGGACGACGGAGGAUAGACGGCCGUCCACCCGCAAGAAAGCUUCCUCACAUGUUCCUCCCAGUAUCCAGGGAGCAGCCUUGUUGAAGCUCACCUGUCAACGUCUCUUGGCUCCCCCCUUCCCCCAGCUCGGGUUUCGAUUUGACUCUCUACUCUCUCUCAUCCGGUGUUUUCUGGAUCCCUUCUUCUUUCCCCUUUCGUCCAUCCCAAGGAACUCCGGACCCCGUCUUGUUUAUUUAAAAUUGCUGAACGGCUCCUCCUCCUCCUCCUCCUCCUCCCCCUCCCCUUCCCUGGGGAACGAUUGCUGCUGUGCGUUGGCAUCCGUGCAUACGUAG